CGCCCAGUCAUUUUUCCUCCUUCCAUUGACCAGUAGUUACCAACCGCAUACACACGCUCAUCUUAAGGAAAUGGCGAAGGCGUACGAUUACUUGUUCAAGCUGCUCUUGAUUGGCGACUCUGGCGUCGGCAAGACUUGCGUGCUCUUCCGAUUCUCGGACGAUGCUUUCAACGCAACGUUCAUCUCCACGAUCGGCAUCGACUUCAAGAUCCGCACGAUCGAGCUCGACGGCAAGAAGAUCAAGCUGCAAAUCUGGGACACGGCCGGCCAGGAGCGCUUCCGCACCAUCACAACCGCAUACUACCGCGGCGCAAUGGGUAUUAUGCUGGUGUACGAUGUUACACAGGACAAGACCUUUGAAAACAUUAAGAACUGGAUUCGCAACAUUGAGCAACACGCUUCCGAGGACGUCGAGAAGAUGAUUCUUGGCAACAAGUGCGACGUUGACGACAAGCGAGUUGUGACCAAGGAGCGAGGCGAACAGCUUGCCCGCGAGUACAAUGUCCGAUUCUUUGAGACCAGUGCAAAGGCAAACAUCAACGUCGAGGAGGCCUUCCUGACGAUUGCACGGGAUAUCAAGAAGAAGAUUGAUUCCAAGGCGCCUGGCGGUGCCCCCAAGGCAGGCGGAGCACCUGCUUCAUCGUCCACUAUUAAGGCUGGAGCCGGUGGUGCUCAACCACAAAAGAAGUCUGGCGGCUUCUGCUCGAUUCUUUAAACAGCACAAAAACAAACCGAUUCCCUUCAACAGUCCUUCUUUUUUCCCCCCAUUCUUCCAUCCCCCUUUUUUGUCAGCAUUUCUUGAGAGCGAGUUUCGUUUCGCAUCUCGUCCUAUAUCUCGUUCUCGUCUUUGCUUUGAUGCAGCGCAGACAUAGCAGAGUGAUUCUUCUUUCGGAAAUGCGACGCACAUUUUGCAGCGUUUCCCCCCUCUUUUUGUUUUGAUUUUGGUGGAUGCCAGGUCCGCAAGUUGGAUGUUGUGGUGCUUUUAUUGUCUUCCAUCCUUGUAUUUCGUUCGUUGUUUCUUGUUUUUUCCCCCCUUUUCUGCUGAGUUCUUGGUUGUGUGUGUGUGUUUCUUCUGUGAUUAUCUUUGUGAAACGAAUUAUUUUUUGUUUUGCCAACAAAUGCUGGUUUUCAAGCAAGUUGCCCUUCCGUCCACCAACCAC